AAAUCUGUCAAUUUUUUACUCAACGCUGCUAGACUUGCUGAGAGAAUUCGUGUUUAUUUGUUGCACGUGUGUUUUUUAUUGAGUAUUGUUAAUUUUAUUAGCGGAAAAUUGGAGAAUUAUAAGUUAAAUAUUUAACAAUGGCACCGGUUAUUAAACAAAAGACAAAGAAAUCUUCCAAACAGGAACUGCCCGUCACGGAUAAAGAAACUGUAGUCUCUUCACAGCUUCAAAAGAAAAUCAAUAAACAGCCAGUCAAAAAGGAAGAUCGUGGAGUUGUUUUCAUCAAACAUCUGCCUCAUGGUUUCUUUGAACAGCAGCUUAAAAAUUAUUUUGAACAAUUUGGAAAGGUGACCAGACUAAGGUUGGCCCGAUCCAAAAGGACUGGUAACAGCAAAGGCUAUGCAUUUGUGGAAUUCGAAUACCCCGAAGUUGCCCAAGUGGCAGCAGAAACAAUGGAUAAUUAUUUAAUGUUUAAGAAACUCGUUAAAGCCGCUUAUAUUCCACCGGAAAAACAACAGUACAAUUACUUCAGAUCCACAGUGCGCCAAAUUAAAAAUAAGUCUGGAAAAACGGUUUGGGUGUCGAGUAAAACUGCCUCCGUACAACGUAAAAUGAAAGAACACAACGACUGGUCUGGAGAGAAUUUCACAAAACGCACCAACAAACAAUUGAAGAAAUUGCAAAAAAUGGCAAAGAAAUGUGCCCAUCUUGGUAUUGAUAUAAACAAAAUCAUUAUUGAACCUAAAGUACAGUCGGAAAAUGAUGAAGCUGCAGGCAGCUCAAAAACGUCAAAACGUAAAAGCGAAAAGGAAGCUAAAACAGAUGGAAAAAAGGGAAAGAAACAGCCUAAAUUAGAAGAUUUACUUGGCAAUACCAUACAAGAAGAUUCGGAAGAUGAAGAUUAUAUUGCCAUGGCCGGUGAUGAUGAUAAUGAACAAUCAUCCGAUGAAGAAUCCUAUGGAUUUCUUAAAGAAGACGAUGAUGAUGAAGACGAUAGUGAUAAUGAAGAGGAAGAAUCUGAAGAAGAGGAGGAACAAAAGCCGGUUAAGGGUAAAAAGUCUAAAACCAAUUUCAGUAAAUCAUUGAAGAAUUCAAAUAUUGAACGUUUCGAUCAAAUGCUGAAGCGUAAACCACAUGCUGGUGGUAUACAAAAACCGAAUAAGAAGUUAACAAAACCUGCCACUGUUUCAAACCCUAAAAAUAAAAUGCAACUUUAUGCUGCUAAAGAAAUUGCUCAACCUCUGUCCAAAGUCCAAGGAAAAAAGGCCAAAAAUUCCGGCAAUGCGUUAAAAAAGUCCAAAAAAGUUAAAUAGAUUUUAGUAGAUAUAACAUAACUACAUUAUCUUCCUUCUUUUUCAGUACUAUAAGUUUGUAAAAAAUAUAUUUCUUUCUAUACA